AUGGCUCCCAACUCCAAGAUCCAGAAGCUAGCACCAAGCCCUCCACCAAGAACGUCGCCACCAACAGCAAGGUCGACAAGAAACCGACCAGAGAAGCGUCUGGCGGAUUCUCUCGCUGCUCCCGACUUUGCCCCACCUGUGUCGAUCGACGAGCUAAUGCCCGAAGUGUCAAGACGUUACGACUCUGAUGAAUCAAUGGACGAAGCCCCAGUUCCGGAAGACCCUGACGUUGUAAUGGCCGAAGCUCCAAGUCUCUUGACUGUUCCUGCCACCAAACGCAAACGUAUUGUUCCUGGCUCUGGCUCCAAAGCGAAGUCCACCAACAGCAAGGUCAGCAAGAAAGCUUCCAGAAACGGUGGCCCUUCCGUCCGUCGUCGACCGUACCUACAGCAAGCUCUGGAGAAUGAUGACGAUCUAUUCGACCAAGAUUCGGUUCAAUUGCCUGCUCCUGCCACGAAAGCGAAAUCUGCUGCUGGCUCCGGCUCUGAAUCUGUUCCGAAGCAAGGCAAAGUAAAGCCGGUUCUGGAGAACUCUGGCGAUGCAAUCGACAAAGAUUCCGAAAUUCUGUUGCCCGCUACUGCCACUGAACGCGAAUCGAAUGCUGGCUCUGGCUCCAAGUCUGCUUCCAAGAAGGACUCUAGCUCUGCUAUUCCGACUGCAGCUCAGAAGGACCAGAAGCUGCCGUACAAGUCUCGCUGGCUGUGCAAGGACUGUAAGAAUGGUGGUUUCACCUAUGGAGAUCUUCGCAAGCACUACAGCAAAUCCCACCCCACUCUUCCAAUGCCUCCAAAGGACGACCCGGAGACGAAGAAGCAUUCUGAAGCAUGGCCUCAUGUUGACGUUCUUGACUGGCUCAAGAAUCGCGUUCCAACCCAUCCUGUCACCAAUGACUCCGCAAGACGCUACAGCGCGUGGAUCGACACCAAUCCUGCUCCAGCAACUGCUGUUCCUGCACAGCCGUUUCCAGUCUCCAAUGUCCGCGCUGAACCAACUCCUGCUCAGCCGAUUCCAGUUCCUGACGAUGAACCUGCUGAACCAACCGAAGCACAACGGUUGCUGCAGCAUGUGGAUAGACUUCAGGCUCCAGAGCCCGCCCGACCUGCUGUUCCAGCACUCCAGGCUGCUGAACCACCCGCUGCUGCUACCGCUGCUCCUCGUACGCGUAGACGCGUUCAUUUCGAGUCUCCAGAAGCCGAAUCAGAGCCAGAACCGCCUCGCAAAGUCGCCCGAAAGGGCUCCAAAGCUCCCGUUGCUGCUCGGACGCCUCCCAUUGCUGUUCAUACCGAAGCAGAGCUUCGGAAUCCCGCCAAUUGGCGCGACGAAGCCUGCCGCCUCGCCGACGAGACGCCCGCUUCGCCUCCGAGAAUCAGCAACGAGAACGACGCCUGGGAGCGCGUUGUUAGGAACAACGUCUCGUUUUCCAAGUUUGGCGACCGCAAAGCCCUCCUGGAAGCGGCUUAUGGGAAGGGAAAGAAGCGGAACGAGAUCCGCGAGGAGGAGGAGAAGCAGCGACGCGAGUUGGAGGAGCGUUGCUGGCAGACGACGCGGAGACAGCACCAGAGCGAGCAGGAGUGGGAGGAGGAGGAGAAGCGGGUGAUGGAGGGAGGUGAAGAGGGAGAAGGAGGGAAGUAUAGGGAGGAGAAGGAGAGGGAGGAAUGGGAGAGCGUGAGCGAUACGCUCGGUCUCCGGCCCCUUUACGGACCGCAGCAGGAGAAGAUGCCUGCUGUUCGCGACUUCAAGCGUCCUGUGGAGGGGAGAGAUGGCUGGAAGUGCGUGGUGAUGUGA